AUACUAUUGAUUAUUCUUGUGGUUCAUCAUUUUCUAAAGCAGAUAACUUAUUCGGUGUUCAAAACCAACAAUCAAUUAGUAAACCAGAAGAUAAUUUAGAAAUAAAAAGUAAUUCAGAAUUAGUAGUUGCUAGAUUAGGAUCAAAAAAUAAAAGACGUGUUAGCAAUGAAAUUGAAUCAAGUAGUAAAGAUAAUUCAACUAAUGAGACUUUGUUAUUAAGCCAAAAUAAAAUGGAUGAUUUGCAAUAUUCAGAUUCAGAAAUUUGGAAAAAUCUAUUCUAUAAAAGUACUGAUAUUAAUAGUGAAUUAAUAGAUAGUAAUGAGAGUGAUAAUUACGAUAAUAAUGAAUUAGUAAAUAGCAAUGAGAGUGACGAUAAUGAUAAUGAUGAAUUAGUAAAUAGUAAUGAGAGUGACAAUGAUAAUGAUGAAUUAGUAAAUAGUAAUGAGAGUGAUGAUGAUUUUAAUAUAUUUGUGAAUAGUAAUGAAAGUGAUGAUGACUUUAAUGAAUCUGUGAAUAAUAAUGAAAGCGAUAAAUUAGUGGAUAGUGAAAAAAGUGAUUAUGAUUCUGAAACUAAAAGCUUGUCAAAUUUUGGAUUAUUGGAUGCAGAUAAACCAACAAUCAAACAGUUAUUUGAAAAAGUGUUUGUAAAUGAUAGGCUAACUUGUAAUUCUCCAAUGGAAAAGGCAUAUUAUUCUGCACAAAUAUUUUUACUAUUAUGCUAUAAGUGUGGAGAUACUGAUAUUGUUAUUCCAAUUCCAGCUACCCAAUAUCCAUUGUGUACAGAAUGCAUACAAAAAG